AUGUCAGUGCAGAGGCUCCUGCUGUUGGAAGCAAAAUUCAAGAUGCAUCUUCUGCUCAAUGAAGACAAGGAGAUCGCCAUCGCCAAGAUAAAUCCUCACAGGGACUUCUACAACGUGCGCAAGGUCGACACCCACAUCCAUCAUAGCGCGUCCAUGCACCAGAAGCACUUGCUCCGAUUCAUCAAGAGAAGCUUAAGAGAUCGAGUUGUCAUCUUCAGAGACGGGAAGGAAUUGACGCUACAAGAGGUUUUUGACUCCCUUAGGAUGACAGCAUACGACCUUUCUUUGGAUAUGUUGGAUGUUCACGCGGACAACAGCACGUUGCAUCGUUUUGACAGGUUCAAUCUCAAGUACAACCCUUGCGGCUCGUCCAGGUUGCGCGAAAUUUUCCUCAAAACAGACAACAUGAUCGAUGGUUUGUACUUAGCACAGAUAACCCAGGAGCUCUUUGCGGACUACCAGGAGUCGAAGUAUCAGAUGGCUGAAUUGCGAGUGUCGAUCUACGGACGAGACAAGGAGGAAUGGAACAAGCUCGCAAAGUGGAUAUGUGACAACAAUCUCUACUCUGACAACAACAGAUGGGUCAUCCAGAUUCCACGCCUUUAUCAUGUGCACAAGAGAACAACAUCUUCCAUUCGCGUCUUCUCUGAUAUGAUUCAAAACGUCUUUGAGCCUCUGUUCAAAGCCACAAUCUCCCCAGAGGAGUACCCGCAGCUCCAUUUAUUCCUGCAGCAAGUGGUCGCGUUUGAUAGCGUAGACGACGAGAGUCUUGGAGAGAGAAAGAUCUGGAAAGAUCCGCCAACGCCAGACACCUGGGACAGCGAAGACAACUUGCCAUACAGCUAUUACAUCUACAUGAUGUGGGCAAACAUCCACGUAUUGAACCAGUUCCGUAGAGAAAGAGGGUUCAGCACCUUCGCCCUCCGGCCUCAUUGCGGGGAGGCAGGAGAUUUGGACCAUGUUGUUGCAGCGUUCUUGCUCGCCGAUGGCAUCAACCAUGGCAUUACCAUGCGGCGAUCACCGUCCCUCCAGUAUCUCUUCUACCUCGAACAGAUCGGACUUGCCGUCUCGCCCAUGAGCAACAACGCUCUCUUCUUGCAGUACGAUCGGAAUCCUUUCGACAUUUACUUCAAGCGCGGGCUGAACGUCUCGUUAUCUACUGACGAUCCUCUUCAAUUUCACAUGACAAAGGAGCCGUUGCUAGAAGAGUACGGCAUGGCCAAACAGAUGUUUCGCUACUCCAAUGUGGACCUCUGCGAGAUUGCUCGAAACAGUGUCCUCCAGAGCGGCUUCGAGGACUGCGUCAAGUCCCAAUGGAUUGGAGCCAACUACUACCUCCCUGGCCCCAGCGGCAAUGAUAUCUCCAGGACCAACGUGCCAGAUUUGCGCCUGCACUUCAGGUGGGCGGAGACGAGCUUGGAGUGGAGGAGGCAGCUGAGAAAUGACAGGCAUAUGACCUUGGAGGAGGAGCAAUCCUAUGUGGCUGAAUGGUGA